AUGGACGUCCUACGUGACGCCGAGAAGACAGAAAAGUCAACCGGCGUGGGGUCUCCUACCUUCCGCCGGUUGAGCGCGGUGAAGCAGGUGGUGGAGCAUGUUGUCGACCUAGUCCACCAUCACGAUGUACUGCUUGUGUCGGGAGAGCAUGUGCUGCUUCACGGGGCAAAGGAGGUGCAGCCAGAGCCCCUUUCUGCUGCCGGAGGGGCUUCCGCGGCCGGAGGAGCAGCCGCGGGAGGAUCGGGGCGCUCGGGAGCUGGGGCGUCGGCUAGUGUUCCUCCGAUGGCGGGUCUGCAGCACGUGGACCUCACCGGGGGAAUGGGGGCCCGGGGCUCGACCGUGAGCGGAGCGAGCGGGAGUGGAGCGGACACGGCGGCCGCUAAAGCUCGUGACGAUGCGGAGCUCAUCAAGCUCUUGGACUCCCCUCCGACCGCCACGAACGCGGAGAUCGCUCCGCACCUCUUAAGGAUAAAACAAAUCAUGCGCAACUCGGACAAGUUCUUCUCGCGGGACGACUUGGACGCCGUCUUACUGGCAGCCAUUCGUUUGGCGGCCGAAAUUGGUCUCGUGGACACCCAGCGCGUGCUUCAGCGAACCCUCUUCCGCGGCAGGAAACUGCUCGAUGCUAGCUUUGACCCGCAGAGCGUGCUUAGUGUAUUCUCGAGAAAGCUGUCUAACGCACAAGGGGUGACCGCCGAGACCCUAUUGGGAGAUCUUCAAGAAAUGAAACUCGUGCGGAAAAUGAACGGGCGCCAUGGACAGGCGUCGACGCACCAGACUACGACCAAGCCGUCAUACGCGCGAGCUAGAGGAGGGAUCCCGUUCCCGUCCCCCUACGCGGCUGCGGCCCCGGCCGGGUCGGUGGCCGGGCCACCGCGUGCGGCGUCGAUGGCGGUCUCGAGCUUACCGGCGCCGGUGGUACUCCCGCUUCCCAAGAAAAAAGGUGCUUCGGGUAGGAAGCGCGGGGGGGGCCUCCGGGGGCCGGGGGCAGGGUCGCUCUCGGGUCCGUCCCCGCAGCGGUCUCCACGUGAAUUAGCAGCCCUUGCCGAUUUCAACGCUCAGAUUCAGGCAGUGCAGGAGAAGCUGCCGGAGAUCCCGGGGGGCCCGCAGUGUAACAACUGCGCGAACAAGGCGCGCAAUCGGUUCCACCACCACUUCACUUGCGCUUAUAGCAUUUGCACCCGCUGCGGUAGGGGAGGACACCGUGCAGCAGCGUGCACGUAUUAA